CCCCUCGUCCGCUUUCACCCGGAAGUGCGUGGGCGGGGCUAUCCGGGCGCAUGCGCGCGACCGCUCUUCCUUUCUCCCCCUCGCGUUGCAGCCGCCAUGGCGCCCGCGAAGAAACUCGUGACAAAAGGUAGCAAAAAGAAGAAGCAAGUCUUGAAAUUCACUCUGGACUGUACCCACCCGGUAGAAGAUGGCAUUAUGGAUGCUGCCAACUUUGAGCAGUUCCUGCAGGAGCGGAUCAAAGUGAACGGGAAAGCCGGCAACCUCGGCGGAGGUGUGGUCACCAUCGAGCGAAGCAAGAGCAAGAUCACGGUGACCUCCGAGGUCCCUUUCUCAAAGAGGUACCUGAAAUACCUCACUAAGAAGUAUCUGAAAAAGAACAACCUCCGUGACUGGCUGCGCGUCGUCGCCAAUAGCAAGGAGAGCUACGAGCUGCGGUAUUUCCAGAUCAACCAGGAUGAGGAGGAGGAGGAGGAGGAAGAUUAAAUGCAAAGGGAUCUGGAGAUAUUUUGUACAUUCAUUUUUCCUUGAAUAAAACGUGGAAAUUGUGAUAACAUUUCA